UAAUUUAUAUUUACGUUUCUAGUCAAUGUGGAGAAAAUGCUGAAUCAAUCGAAAAUUUUGCUGAAAGCAGAAAAAAUACCAAAUCUCAUUCUCGUUCAUGCGAUAAUGUGAAUGAAAAUUAUCAGUUUAAUAACAAACAGCACUCCACCACAUUCACAAAGACAAACGAAAAAUUGCGUUGGAAUUCAUUUAAACACACAGAGUCCGUCCAGUUGCUUGAUAUAAAAUGUUGGAUUGUAUGUAUGAAUAUAAGAAACCGAGAGUUAGUCAAUAGUAAACAAUGGCGUUGCGCGAAUGAAUCAUUUGCUCAAAACGUCUUCGAUCGAGUGAACAGAUUUUUUUUUGUGUCUGUCGUGUGUUGUUUUAUGUGUUAGCAUAUUUGGUUGUCGUGAAAAAUGAUAUGCGGCGACAAUAGUCAAUUUUAAACCGUUCAAACAGUGCAAAUUAGAAAGUGCAAUACACAUCAAUUUUUUUGAUUUAAGUUAUUUCUUAGCGAAUGAAAUAUGAAUUUUUGUAAUAGUGUUUGACUUGAAUUGACAAGGACAAUAGAAAUCGAAAGAAAGAACAAAAGACGAAGUCGGCAAAGAAAAAAGUGGUUGAAAUAUUCAUUGCGCACAUCAAAUCGAAAUUCAUUGCAACUAAUAAACAAUGGAUACAGUGGGGGAGAAAACGCCAGUUCCGGUGCCAAAACCACGACGCCAUAAUAACAACACUGAUGCCAAUCUCAAUAAUAAAAUCGCAUAUGAAAAUGUAUCGAUCGAUUUAAUCAAUAAAAAUAUCAACAUCAAAGAUGAAAACAUUCAAAAUAAUUCAAAAAAUAAACUGCAAACAGAUAAAAUGUUUUUGAUGCCAAACACGUCAACGACAUCAAAUAACAAUGAAAACAAUAACAGUAACAACAUUGGUGGCAGCAGCAGCACCAGCCACUCACAGAUUUUAACCAAUUUAAAUGAUUUGGCCAAUGCACCGGUUAAAAAUCAAAAGAAUGCGUCGCUGGAUGAAGUGAAUAAAUUGAGCAAUAUUUACAAUGAUGAUGAAAAUGUGAAUGUUAAACCCGUGCCAGCUCCGCGUCGUGCCACAAGCAAUACAAAGCAAUUUAAUUGCACACCAUCAACGGGUGCAAUCAACAAAAAACCAACAACAAUUGAUAUAAACGAUUUCAUUGAAUCGCCAAAAGCAUCGUUCAAAUCGAAAAGUGGCAAAAUUUCGGGGAGCUACAGUUUUGGCAACGAUGAUUUUGAUGGAAACGGCGAUGAUUCGCCAAAAAAAUUCAGCCUUAAGAAAAGAGAAUCAAUUAGUUCGUUGAGUUCAAGCCACAGCAGCAGCUCCAUUACAGAUGGUUCAAAGUAUCAUUCAGCAUCGCCUGGGAAUUUACUGAAGGCAAUCGGAAGUACCUCCAAAUUGCUUACCGAAUCAAUCACCGAACGUGUUACAAAUCGUACAAAGGAUGCCAAGCAUAAGAUCGAUAAAAUGCAAAAAUCAUCACGCGAACGAAUUGCUGAGACCACAAAAUCAGCCACCAAUAAAUUGAAAGCAGUUCGCAAGAAUAUACAUAGUACAAUUGAAAUGACACAGAAUCUAUCGCUUGGACGAAAGAAAAACAAUGCAACACCGAAAACGGAUAGCAAAUCAGCCGAAACGACUGUUUUUCAUUUGGACAGAGUACAAUCGGUGCCAGUGAACGAUGAACUAUUCUCAUCGAUAUCCUUUUAUAGCCCGUUAAAUAGCAAAACUAACAAAUGUGCCAACAUUAACCAGGCCGAAUCAUCAUAUGAAAUUCCUAAAAGUAUAAGAUCUCUUUCCAGUGAUUCGAGCGGACUGAGCGAGCUCGCGUUAAACAAACUGCCAUCAAAUCCACCGCCAUCAUAUGAGGAUGUACUGAAAGAGGACGAGAAAUCGGCCAAUGAUCGACCCAAUCCCAUUGCUCGAACACGGAAAAAAUCAAAAACCAAUUCAAAUGUUUAUGAAAAUCAUGAAAUAGGCGGCGAGCCGUCAAACAAAAGUGGCGGAUCGAAGCGCGGUUCAACGUGUGACGAAGAUGAUAGUGAUGGAUACUCAUUGCCUUGCCCGAAUUUUCCAGCACCAGUACUAAAUGAAGGUAUUUAUGGGAAAAUCCGAUCGAAAGAUCAGGAUAAUGACAGCAUCAACGGCGCUGUGGCAUCGAUGCAACCACCCACCCGGUCUCGACGACGAAAAGAAAGCAUUCCAGCGGAGAACAAAGAAGACGAAUUAGAUGGGGCCCAAGGUAUCAAUUCCAAUCGUGCCACAGCCGAUUCAAAUGAAUUUCCAUUAGAAGAAAAAUAUGCAAAACUUCUCAGCGCCGAUUUGUCGGAAGAUUUAACGGAAAAGUUAAAAUUGCAAGAGAGCAAAAUUCCAACGCCGAGUCGCAGUGAAUCUUGGUCAUAUUAUGAUGGCCAUAGCGAUGAAUCGAGCUCGUCGGAGCCGAUUUAUGAAAAUGAACGUGAUCUAAGAAAUAAAAUGGCAGCUGUAUCGGAACCUUUGUACGGUGUUUUAUAUAGCGAAGAUGAUUCAAAUAUGUUGCAACCAGUAGCGGCCGCUCGAAAGCGACGUUCACAAGGUAUGUACGAUCAAUAUGCGGUUGUGAAUAAAAAUCCCGACGUUAAACUACGAAAUGUGGAUGAAACAAAAGAUAUUUUAAAGGAAUUUGAUCCACUUGAUCGCCGAACAUUGGACAAAAUCCUGGCCAGUAAAAGCAACGAAUUGAAAUUGUUGGAAUGUAUUUUGGGAAGUGAGACGUACGGUGAUUGUGCAAACGAGAGCAAUUAUGAAUAUCAUAGCAAUGAAACAUCGGAUGGUGAUGAUACGUGUGAAGAAGUGCCAAUACCACCGGAACGUUUGGAUUCAUUGAAAGAGUGUGCAAAUGAAGAUGUUGAAGCAGAGACUGAAGCAUCGACAUCGAAGAAAGAUCAAAAUGAUUCGUUGACAGAAUCGAGUCGUCGAUCGGUUAUUGUUCAUCAAAAUGUGAAAUUGCGUUCGGAUAGCGAUGAAAAUAUUUCCAAAGAUGACACAAAUGAAAGUAAUACAUCAAAUACACUUGAAGAAAGUACCGAAAGAGCAUCGCAUUCACGAUGGUUUUUACCUUCUUCGCUGAACAAAAGUGACAGUAAAUCAAAAGCGAAAGCCGAAAAUCGAAAAACAUAUGUCGAAGAAAUCGGUGAAGUUUUGGAAGAUAAAUCGAUGAUGACACCGAUUUCAAAAACGUCAUCCAUGAAAUCAAUGUUUUCGAAUGUGAUGCACAAAGUCGAAGGAAUCAAACGAAAGACAAGCUUCCGCAGUAAUGCGAAUAAAAAUGAAGUGAAAACGGUUUUGGAAAUGAUUCCACGGCCAUGUUUAACGCAACGCUUGAUUUUACAUGAAGGCCAUUUAAUUCGAUUGCCAACUGGUGUGGUUGAAGACAUUCUAAAAGAGUUACAUUCACGCAAAGCAUACAUUCGCGAUAAAAAAUUCCAAGCAUACUUCGAUAAAGAUUUGAAAACACCGAAAGAAAAUAUUCCAUUGGAAACGAUUACGACCAUUCAAUGUGUUAACAAUCAUAAAUUUACACAUAAUUUCGUUGAUAUUUAUUGCUUUGAGAUUACAACUUCGAUUUCGAAAAAAGACGGCAAUAAUUUAUCCAAUCCAAAUAUGGUGAUCACAUCGAAUAAUUCGGGAAACAUAAAAGCACAACGAGUAUGCCAUUUGUAUGGAGUGGCUAAGGAGUCCGAACGGUUCUUAUGGAUGCAAAAACUUUUGGAAAGCAUGACAGACGCAUUUCCACCAGGAUUUUCAAGCAAAUUCUAUCGAGCCGGAUGGUGUUACACUAAAAACUCCAUAACGUCAACGUGGUCUGGUACAUGGAUUUUAUUGCAAAAGGACAAACGACGUCUGCUCUUCUUUAAUGUAUCCAACUCAAAUUUGGAGUGUAUGGAUUUGAGGAAGGCACGUUGUCUGGUACUUAAAGAAAGUGAUGAUUCCAUUAAAAAUCUUCAUGUUGAAACUGGACCAACGCUUAUGAUUGACUGCCCGCCGUAUACGGUUUAUUUUAUAAUGACAUCGUCGAGAGAGACAAAGAUUUGGCGUCAUAUAAUCCAAGAGGUUGCACACAAUAACGGUCCGUCAUUGAAAGAACAACAACUAACAAAAGACGAUGUUCCUGUUCUCGUCGACAAAUGUAUCAAUUUCAUUUAUGCUCACGGUUCAAUGUCCGAGGGAAUUUACCGCAAAUCCGGUUCGGAAAAUUCAAUUCAAAAGCUUCUCAAACAAUUCCGUUCCGAUGCGUAUUCCGUGCAGAUAAUUCGUAGUGAUUUUAACGAACACGAUGUUGCAAACGUACUAAAGCGAUUUAUGCGAGACUUGCCUGAUCGUCUGUUGGGUCGUUGUACGCCAAGUUUGGUUGGUGUAGCAAAAAUGCAGGGAAAUCGUGAAAAAAUCGAAGCAUACAAAGAGCUGCUGUCACGAUUACCAUCGAUUGAAUAUCAUUCGUUGCGUAAGCUUCUCGGUCAUUUGCAUUUCAUUCAAUCGCAAAAAGCUCAAAACAAAAUGGACUAUUCCAAUUUGGCGAUUGUUUGGGGUCCGACUCUAUUGCAAGAGCAAAACGAUACACAGCAAGGAUAUUCACAGAGUAGUGCCGAUGUUAUUGUUGAUUUGAUUCGAUUCCACAAGCAUUUGUAUGCGUUAAGCGAUGAAGAUAUCACAAAGGAACAACUAAUGUUGGCUGUAUUGCAAAAAUAUCAUGCUGCCGCCGAGAAUUUGACAGACACAAUGAAAAAGUCGGGAGAUUUGAAAGUUUGGAUCACCAUCGAUCCAAAUCCAGACGAUGAAAAGGAAGAAAAGAAACAGAUCAAUGUCACAUUAACACCAACGAAAACGGUUUAUGAUAUUUGCAAAGAACUAGCACCGAAAAUCAAUCGUGAAGCAUAUUCGGUUACAUUGAGCGAAAUCAUUUUAAAUGGCACACUUCGACGACCGCUUCAUCAUUCGGAAAAGGUGUUUGAUAUCGUACUGAAAUGGUCAUAUUGGCCAGAAGCAGAUCGUAAAGAUAAUUUUCUGCGAUUAACACCGAUGAAAUUCAUGAAAGAAGUGGAACGUGCAUUGAAAGUACUGCCCUCAGUUAUACCAAAUAAAGAACUGAAAUUUGCCGACGCACGGACCAAGUCGUUGAAAUCGUAUACGCUUGAGUUGACCGAUCACAAAAUCACCGUCAUGAAAAAGGAAAAGAGCCAAAUUGUAAUGGUGAAAGAAAUUGAUUUGAAGAGAACAACCGCUUAUUUGGGCUGUGAAAAGAAACGUUGCUUCCAAUUACGAUGGGCAUUGACACUGAUUGAAGAUGGCAGCUCGAUUAAUAAAACUGAAAAGAAGGAGAGAGAAACGCCAUUCAUCGGUCACAUCAUCGCCGGCACCAAUUCGAAUGAUCAAGUUGUUUGGUAUUCCAGCAUUUUACAAAGUUUAUACGGAGACAAUAUAAUGCCAAGCCCCGAAAUUAUUUUACCAUAAAGCCAAUUGGCACAAGUAUAUAUUUUUAAGUCUAAACAAAUGUUAACAUUUUACUAAAUAGUCUCAUUUUUAUAUUCCAUUUUAUCGAAUUCUUUUUUUUUAUAUAUAUUGAAUUUGGUGUCAAUUUUAUUUGUCAAAUCAUUUUUUCGAUGGGCUUAUAAAGUGAGUUGUGUUAUUAAACCACUUCUUUGUUUAAAAAUAGAAUGAUUGUGUAUAAAAAUGUUUAGAAGCGAGAUUUUUUUUCCAUAGCUAUAGACAUAUAAUUGUAAUGAUUUUAUUGCAUGCUUUUAAAAGCAAUUAAAAUUCACAUAAUGCCAUUUUUUUACCUUAAAAUAAACUUCCAAUGAUGUUUUCUUCAACAUAAAAUCGAAAACCAUUGAUUGUGGUGAAUGGUUUUUUAAUUGAUCGACACGAAAAUAAAUAGAC